AUGGGCCGGAAGUGGGAGUACAGCGACUUCCGGCAGUUGGGCUGUGAAGAGAAAGGAGCGUCGGGAAUGGCGACCAAGAGGCUUGCACGGCAGCUUGGAUUAAUUAGGAGAAAGUCAAUUGCACCGGCAAAUGGAAAUCUAGGAAGAAGCAAAUCUAAGCAGUUGUUUGACUACUUAAUUGUCAUUGAUUUUGAGUCGACUUGUUGGAAUGAUGGGAAACGCCACCGUAGCCAGGAAAUAAUUGAAUUUCCAGCUGUAUUGCUAAACACAUCAACUGGAGAGAUUGAAUCUGAGUUCCAUGCUUAUGUUCAGCCUCAGGAACAUCCAAUUCUUUCUGAAUUUUGCAUGGAACUAACAGGCAUAAAGCAGGCUCAAGUUGAUGAAGGAGUCCCUCUGAAGAUUUGCUUGUCUUAGUUCUGUAAAUGGAUUCAGAAGAUUCAGCAACAGAAGAAAAUUAUUUUUGCUACUAGGGUUUCAGAUAUUUCUACUUCUGAAGUAAAAUUAUGUGCAUUUGUUACUUGGUCAGACUGGGACUUGGGGGUUUGCCUGGAGUAUGAGUGUAAAAGAAAACAGUUGCUGAAACCUGUGUUCCUUAAUUCUUGGAUUGAUCUCAGAGUAACUUACAAGAUUUUCUAUAGGAGAAAACCAAAAGGACUAAGUGGUGCCCUGCAGGAAGUGGGAAUAGAAUUCUUGGGGCGAGAACAUUUCGGGUUGGAUGAUUCUAGGAAUACUGCCCUUCUUGCUUGGAAAAUGAUCAGGGAUGGUUGCUUAAUGAAAAUUACAAGGUCCUUGAACAAGGUUCCCACUAAGAGGAAUCCUAACAUUUUCACCAGAAAUUUGAAUAUGGAUCAAGUUGAAGAAAUAUCAGCCUGCAACAGUAGCAUUCAUGAUCCCAGCAUAUAUGGUGGGGAGCCUAAAAAUACAAUAAAAUCCUACGAGGAAGUUCAAAUGAAGUCAGUUGGUGUAAAUUUUCCUAUAAAGGUACAGCAAGAUCAGUUACAACUAAAGGGCAAUGGAAAAGCAGGUCUUCAGAAUGUCAAAAGCUGUUUAUCUCUUUUUAAUACUAAGUCCUGGACCUCUCUGGGGCAGUUACAGUCUUCCAGUUUGAAUACACCUAUGCAGAAGCAAAUAAACCAACAUCUUGCAUUUAAUACCAAUUCUGAGUCUUCAACAGUUGGUUCAGAAUUGAUACUUGUUUCAACUACCAUUUCAUCCGUUAAUAAUGUUUCUGAUAUGGAAAUGAGUUCUGCUCUUGACAGUUUACCUAUGUUGGCUGAUUGGGAGGAUGUAGCUUUACUGCCAUCAUCUCAACCUGAGCAGAAUAUAUAUUGUAUGCCUCCCAUUAGUGACUCAAACUUAGACACUUCAUUUAAUUCUGGAGAAAGAUUAAUGGUUUUAGAAAAAUCUGAAAUGUUAAGUCAAGAAAACUUUGGAGGCACAGAAGAAACUCCUCAAAAAUCUGAUACCUCUAAGUCUAUUGUAUAUAAGAGUCCACAUACUACUAUUUAUAAUAUAAAAGAAGCCAAAGAUCCAGGUUCAGAUGCUUUUGACUUUAAGUUACCUGAAUGUAAAUCAAGUAGCUUCAACAGUGUUAAUGCCAAUAUGUCUCAUCCUUUAGUUUUGGGGAAACAUCCUCUUCAUUUAGGUGGUGCUAAAAGGAAUCCAUCCAGUCCCCUACCUUUCCCACCAGCAAAAAAACAGACCUUCACUAUUCAUGAAGAAAAGCCUACGUCAUCUAAUGGCUCCCCAGGGGGAAGUUCUUCCAGGAAGGUUCUCCCUUCUAUCUUAACUUCUACAGUUAAUGUACAAGAUCCUUGGAAGGGUGGGAAAAUAACACCUCCUUUAUGCAAGUGUGGCCGAAGAUCUAAGAGACUUGCUGCUUCUAAUAAUGGACCGAACCAUGGAAAAGUCUUCUAUUGUUGUCCUAUUGGGAAGUACCAAGAAAAGAGAAAAUGUUGUGGUUAUUUCAAAUGGGAACAAACACUUCAAAAGGAGAGAGCCAACAGCAUAGUUCUGUCUCAUUCCCCAGGGGGACUCACUUUUAACUCUCCAGAAACAAGCCAUAUUUGUGACAGAAAUGUAGAUUUUUCUACUAAAAAUUCAUUGAGACUCAGACCUUCAAUGAGGAAUUGACUUUUUUUACAUGUAAACUAUGUUUUUACCUCAAUGUGACUUUUACUGCAGUAAAGAGAAAAAAAUCUGUAUAGGGCUACAAGUUGUGAGGACAUAGUGUAUCUGAGCUCUGUAAGCUACACUGAAGCUAUUCAACACAUUCUCACACACACACACACUGAAAAUAGAAAAAAGAAUUUCACAGGCUUCUAAUUUCAUUCACCAGUUAUCUAAUUUGUCUUCUGUUCAUGUAUGAAUCCUGAUUGCCCCUUGAAUUCCCACACAUUAUGAGUAUUCUGAUAAUGUCUUAUACUAUUUUAUUUAUAUUUCAUAUAUUAACCCAUGCCAAAUUUAUCAUACUUUUUUGA